CUCCUCCGUCACAAUCAACGCUUCGUCGCAAAGGCUCCAGGGAGCCAGAGCUCUUUUUGUCACCCAGAUCUCCUGCUAAACUUCGAUCUCUUCAACUGGUUCCGCCAAUUUCAUUCACUACUUCUCCCAUACCUCCCGAUGUCUGAGACUCAACCUGCUCAGGCCCCCUCCGGACCGCAAGGCUCAAACCGAGGCGGCCGUCGGCGCGGACGAGGGGGAGGAUUCGGAGCUGCUCGCCAACCUGGACAGGCGGAAGCCUCGCAACAAACAACCGACGGUCCAGGAAAAGGGUCAAGAUCCAGAGGUCAUGGACCCCGCCGCGGCGGCGGCGGCGGCGGGGGAGGUCGCGACAAACAGAAGUCCGCCGCGAACACGACUGAUGCCAAACCCACAACCACAACUGAGAGUAGAGGAAAGCAGGCGGUCGCAGAGGAUUCCGAUGACGCAGACGAUGGGGAGGUCUGCUUCAUCUGUGCCUCGAAGGUUGAGCAUACCUCCGUCUCACCUUGCAACCACCGGACCUGUCAUAUUUGCGCGUUGCGGUUGAGAGCGUUGUAUAAGAACAAAGCUUGUGCACACUGUCGGACGGAAUCCAGCUUUGUGAUCUUCACAGAUGACCAUGCUAAGCGCUUUGAGGACUUCACAGAAGCCGAUUUCUCCCAAAAGGAUGACAACCUUGGAAUCAAGUAUGAGAGUGGUGAGAUCUUCGAGGACACUGUGUUAUUAUUGCGAUACAACUGUCCCGAAAGGAGCUGUGAUGUCGCUUGUUUGGGAUGGCCUGACCUGCAUCGCCAUGUUAAGACCAAGCAUGGCAGGGUGAUGUGCGAUCUUUGCACACGGAACAAGAAGGUCUUUACCCACGAGCAUGAGCUUUUCACUAACCAGGAAUUGCGGCGACACGAGAGACAUGGAGACGAUGUUCCUGGUGCGAUUGACCAAAGUGGAUUCAAAGGACACCCAGAGUGUGGUUUCUGUCGGCAGCGUUUCUACGGCGAUGACGAACUUUACGCUCACUGUCGUGACCGUCAUGAGCGGUGCCACAUCUGCGAUCGACAAUCAAGUAACCGCCAACAACAGUACUACAUUGACUACAACGCGCUAGAGGACCAUUUCCAAAAAGAUCAUUUCCUCUGCUUGGAUCAGGAGUGCUUAGAGAAGAAAUUCGUGGUCUUCGAAUCUCAGAUGGAUCUCAAAGCGCACCAGCUGGAAAACCACCCCAACGGGCUCUCGAAGGAUGCAAGACGCGACGCACGUACCGUCGACCUCUCUACAUUUGACUACAGAGCUCCGUACCAGCCUCAACGACAACGCCGUGGUGCAGGUCGUGGACGGGAUCCCAACUCAGAGCCUCUGCCCGUCUCGAGCGCACAGCCCCUGAGACGAGACGAGAUUGCCUAUCAACGACAGAUGGCCAUUCAAAGUGCACAGUCUGUUUCCACCCGGAGUUUCGGCGGCCAGCUCACCCGCAGCGACACUCAACCUGUGCGCGCUCCCGCUCGAUCCGCGGCUGCCACGCCUGUGCAGACGCCUCCGGCCGCAUCCACACCCGUUGCUGAAAUGAGCGACCUCAAUCUGAACGCAGAUGCGGGCCCCGUCUCCCCUCAGGAACAAGCACGCCGCCUGCGCCAUGCUGCCGUCGUAGAACGCGCCUCGAAUCUGCUCGGCAAUGAUAGGAACAAACUCAACGAAUUCCGCACCCGAGUUUCCAGCUAUCGCACUUCCUCCAUCUCGGCCACCGAGCUAAUCGACGCUUUCUUCUCCCUCUUUGACACUUCCAGCACCGAGCUCGGUAAACUGAUCAAAGAGCUCGCCGAGAUCUACGAAGACGACAACAAGCGCAAUGCAUUGCUGAAAUCCUGGAACGACUGGCGUGCGAUCAACGAAGACUAUCCUGCCCUCCCCGGCCCUGGCGGGACUAUCCCCGGCAUGUCGCCAGGAACCGUCAAUGGCAGCGGCGUGGGAGGAAAGCGUGUCCUGCGUCUCAAAUCCUCCACUGCGCAGUCCUCCCGAUCCGCCGUCGGUAGAAGUGGUGCCAUGCCCUCCGGGUCCUCUUCGGCCAGUGCUUUCCCUCCCCUUUCCUCUGCGACGGCUCGCUCUGCCCCGCGAUCCACGCCAGCUUCAUCCACCCCGUGGGCAAGCUCAGCAGCAGCACCCACUUCCGCCGCCCCCUCGCCCUCCAUCACCCCCCGCACCUACUCCACUCGCUCCGGCACUCCCGCCACCUCCCGGCCGGCCCAAACCAGCAGCGCCGACGCUUUCCCAGCCCUCCCCGCCGCACCCAAACCCAACGUCCUCAUGGCAGGUCUCACCCGCGGCACUGUCCGCUGGGACAACCGUGCACCGCAGGUGAACGCCUGGAGCUCCUCGUCCCGGAACGAUUCCGGCGCCAACUCCACCGCGGAGGACGAGGAUUUCCCUGCUAUCACUCUCACAAUGGCGACUCUUCUGCCUCCUCCUACCAAGCGUCAGAAGACGGAGAUUGCCGAGAAGGCCCGUCUUCAGCAAGAGAUCGAGAGCAUCCCGGAGAAUCUGGGCAGUGUCCGAGUGCAGUUUUUCGACCAAGCGACAGGAGCGCCAACCGGACCAGCAGUGUCCGUCCCAGUGGCCGAUGCCAACGUAAAGAACUUGGAGACGCUACUCAAUACCCUACAAGGCAAUGAAGAUGAUGAGCGGGUGCCAUACCGGUUUACCUACCAGUCGGACGAUAAGGACAAUCAGACGAUCGACAUUCUAACACAUCUGUACCACUCGCUGCUCAAGCCGGGCCUCAAGACCACCGAAGAUACCGUUCACCUCUACUACACGCCGCAGGCGGUUUUCCGAGUCAAGGCGGUCUCGCGAUGCUCUGCUUCCAUCGCCGGACACGGGGAAGCGAUUCUGGCCACCUCCUUCUCCCCCGUCAAUUCGUCCACCAUGGUCACCGGCAGCGGUGACUCAACGGCCCGAAUCUGGGACUGCGACACCGGAACCCCCCUGCAUACCUUGAAGGGUCACACUAGCUGGGUGCUGGCGGUCAGCUACUCCCCCAACGGCGCGAUGAUCGCGACCGGCAGCAUGGACAACACGGUGCGGGUGUGGGACGCGAAAAAGGGCACAGCGCUCGGGGCGCCGUUGAAGGGCCAUGCGAAGUGGAUCACCAGCCUGGCGUGGGAGCCCUAUCACCUACAGCAGCCGGGGCGGCCGCGCCUGGCGUCCGCCUCCAAGGACUCGACGGUCCGCGUCUGGGACGUGGUCAGCAAGCGCAUCGAUAUGGUUCUCACCGGCCACAAGGGCUCGGUCACCUGCGUCAAGUGGGGCGGCACGGGCAAGAUCUACACGGCCUCGCAUGACAAGACGGUCAAGGUGUGGAACGCGGAGAACGGCACCCUGAUCCAGACCCUGUCCGCCCACGCCCACCGGGUGAACCACCUGGCGCUGUCCACGGACUUCGUCCUCCGGACCGCCUACCACGACCACACGGGCCAAGUCCCGCAGGCCGACGCCGAGAAGGUCGCCGCCGCGAAGCAGCGGUACGAGCACGCCGCCACUAUCAACAACAAGAUCGUCGAGAAGCUCGUCUCGGCCAGCGACGACUUCACCAUGUAUCUCUGGGAGCCGGAGAACUCCAGCAAGCCCGUCGCGCGACUGCUCGGUCACCAGAAGGAGGUCAACCAUGUCACAUUCUCGCCGGAUAUGGCGUACAUCGCCUCGGCGGGAUUCGACAACCACGUCAAGCUCUGGAAUGCCCGGGAUGGAAAGUUCAUCACCACUCUCCGCGGCCACGUCGGAGCCGUCUACCAAUGCUGUUUCUCCGCCGACUCCCGCAUGCUCGUCUCCUCGUCGAAAGACACGACCCUGAAGGUGUGGAACGUCCGCACGGGCAAGCUCUCCGAGGACCUGCCGGGACACAAGGAUGAAGUGUUCGCGGUGGACUGGAGUCCCGACGGACAGAAGGUGGGAAGUGGCGGCAAGGACAAGGCCGUACGGAUAUGGCGCAACUAAUGUCGGAGAGGAAAAAAGCUUUUUGUUUGUGUUUUGAUCUCGAUGAACAAAGUAUAUAGAACCAG